UGACGAUAGAGCGGAGCGGAGCGGGGCGGGGGGGGCGUGGAGGGGAAACCCCCCACCCCGAAGGCCCAAAACCUUUCGCAACGGGCGGCGCCGGGGCUAUAAGAGGUGAGGCGGCGGCGCAGCGCUCUGCAGAAGGCGCCGACCUGAUCGCUCGCUGCACCGCCUGCACCUGGGGACGCGCUGCAGCGGAGCGACCGACCGUGCAACGGCAGCGGCAGCGGCGGCAGCAGCGGAGCGACCGACCGUGCAACAGCAACAGCAGCAGCGGAGCAACCGAGGGACCGACCGUGCAGCAGCCGCAGCAGCAGCAGCAGCAGCCGCCGCCGCAGCAGCCCCCGUGCAUCCCGCAGCCAUGCUCGCACGCCUCCUGUGCUUCGCCUUGGCCAUCACGCUGUGCCCAGCAGCCAACCCAUGCUGCUCCAACCCCUGUCAGAAUCGAGGUGUGUGUACGACCGUGGGAUUCGACCGGUACAGGUGCGACUGUACGAGGACCGGCUAUUAUGGAGAAAACUGCACCGCACCCGAAUUUCUGACAAGGCUAAAGUUAUUAUUGAAACCCACCCCCAACACGGUUCACUACAUCCUCACUCACUUCAAAGGAGUUUGGAAUAUCAUCAAUAACAUGCCCUUCCUUCGUAAUGCAAUUAUGAGCUACGUGUUGACGUCGAGGUCCCAUUUGAUUGACAGUCCACCGACAUACAAUGCAAAUUAUGGCUACAAAAGCUGGGAAGCCUAUUCAAACAUCUCUUAUUACACCAGAGCACUUCCUCCAGUGGGAGCUGACUGCCCAACCCCAAUGGGUGUCAAAGGUAAGAAGGAGCUUCCCGAUUCCAAAGAGAUUGUGGAAAAGUUUCUGCUGAGAAGAAAAUUUAUCCCAGAUCCUCAAGGCACAAAUAUGAUGUUCGCGUUCUUUGCGCAGCACUUCACUCACCAGUUCUUUAAGACUGACCAUCAUCGAGGACCGGCCUUCACCAAAGCACUAAACCAUGGCGUUGAUUUAAAUCAUAUUUAUGGAGAGACUUUGGACAGACAGCAUAAACUGAGACUUUUUAAGGAUGGAAAAAUGAAAUAUCAGAUGAUUGAUGGAGAAAUGUACCCUCCCACUGUGAAAGAUACUCAGGCAGAAAUGAUUUACCCACCUCACAUCCCCGAGCACCUGCGGUUCGCCGUCGGGCAGGAGGUGUUCGGCCUGGUCCCCGGGCUGAUGAUGUACGCCACGAUAUGGCUCCGGGAACACAACCGCGUGUGUGACGUCCUUACGCAGGAGCACCCGGAGUGGGACGACGAGCGCUUGUUCCAGACGACCCGGCUCAUACUGAUAGGUGAAACCAUUAAGAUCGUGAUCGAAGACUAUGUUCAGCACUUGAGUGGCUAUCACUUCAAACUGAAGUUUGAUCCGGAGCUGCUUUUUAACCAGCGUUUCCAGUAUCAGAAUCGCAUCGCCGCCGAGUUUAACACCCUCUACCACUGGCACCCGCUUCUGCCCGACACCUUCAAUAUUCACGACCAGGUGUACACCUACCAGCAGUUCCUUUACAACAACUCUAUCAUGCUGGACCACGGCCUUUCCCGUAUGGUGGAAUCGUUCUCGCGGCAAAUUGCCGGCAGGGUGGCCGGGGGUAGGAACGUCCCACCUGCGGUAAUGAAAGUGUCUAUGGCCUCGAUCGACCAGAGCAGACAGAUGAGAUACCAAUCUCUGAACGAAUACCGGAAACGCUUCCUGCUGAAACCUUUCAAGUCGUUCGAAGACCUUACCGGGGAGAAAGACAUGGCUGCCGAGUUGGAAGCCCUCUACGGCGAUAUCGAUGCGAUGGAGCUGUAUCCUGCUCUUCUGGUGGAAAAACCCCGCCCGGGAGCCAUCUUUGGUGAGACCAUGGUGGAACUGGGAGCGCCGUUCUCCCUGAAAGGGCUCAUGGGCAAUCCCAUCUGUUCUCCCGAAUACUGGAAGCCUAGUACUUUUGGAGGAGAAGUGGGCUUUGAAAUCAUCAACACAGCCUCGCUCCAGACGCUGAUCUGCAAUAACGUGAAGGGCUGCCCCUUCACCUCGUUCAGUGUUCGCGACUCUAAUCCCGCCGAGACGGCGACUAGUAACGCCAGCUCCGCCAACUCUGGACUAGAUGAUAUCAAUCCUACCGUACUACUGAAAGAACGGUCAUCAGAACUGUAGAAAGCCUUUGAAUGUAUUUAUUUAUUUAUUUAAGGUAUUUUGCUUAAAUUAUGAUAUUUAUAAGUAUUUAUACAGAAAAUCCAAGCACCGUUUAAGAUCUUCUGCAGCAGAAGCUAGUACUCCCUCAUGGAGAGGUAUUUCAGAGCUAAGCGAUAUUAUCUUUCACUGUUUCUUUGGAGAAGAAAUUCCAUUCUCAAAUUUAAAAGUUAGGACUCUCUCGUUCCUUUCGAUAACUCAGAUCUGGAAGAGACAGUUGAACGUGGGGUUGUUUUAUUUGUUCGUUGGUGGUUUUUCUGGAACCAGGGCGUGAAACUAUGUUUGGUGUCAUAAAAAAAUCUUAUCUACUUUGGGAAUGUCAAUAUAACGGAAGUACCAAAUUUUGUAAAGUCACUACACUGACAUUUUUCUUUCACUAUAAUCACAGUAGUAACAGAUGCAUUGGAUUUCUGUAGUACCUUCACCUUUGAGAAGUUCAAGGUACUUGAUGUAUUUAUUUAUUUCUCGAAUCUGAAAAAUUGCAGCACAUCGCGAAAAGGCUUCCGGCAGGCAAGCGCGCUAGCGGUCGUUAAAAUAUUUUUAUCCAAAGCGAUAAGGGCAUAAGAAAAUGAAAACAGACAGCAUUAAAACAGCGGCUUUAAACGUUUAGUCCACUGGGAAGGCUAUGUCAGAGAAGACUGUCCGGCACGCGACGUCAAACAAGUGCCGGUUGGAUCGUAAGACAUGGGGUGGUCCCAGAGUCUCACUCUUAGCAGCGAGAAACUGAAGGCAGGGUUUCCUUUCUACAGGCAGCGGGGCCUAGUGUCAGUAGCGCGGACCUGGUUGUUCGGAACCCCGCCUCCUCUAUUUGCCUGCCGUGUCGGUGAGAACUUGCCUUCUCUGUGCCUUGGCUUCCUCACCUGGAAAAAAGGGAAUGAAAUCCCAUUCUCCCUCCCCCUCAGGCUGGGAGCCCCAUGGGACAGGGCCCGGGUCUGAUCCGACUGGGAUGUACCUACCCCUGUGCUCAGCACAGUGCUCGGCACGUAACGUGCCACACUCAUUGUUAUUUGUACUCUUUCAAGCCCACACAGUAAGUGCUCGGUUGAUACUUCGAUCGAUAGACGAUCUUAACUAACGUGAGAUUGUUUUAGGGUUUCUUUAGCGUAUGAGCUCCACGAGAACAGCGAUGGUGUUCGUAUAUUCUCUGUAGCAUCUGAGGAUGCUAGGCUGAUGCCAUUGAUAAUUGAGGGGCAGAUUCUUGGAAACGCAAGGAUGCCUCAGUCAAGGUGGCAUGACAUGGUGUAUGGAGGAGCGUCUCCCCCACUCCUCCAAAAUAUUUGAGGGUUGCCUCUCUGUGUCAAGGCACUUCCUCUGUUCGCUCCCUCUUCCUCAGCUCCUCCCUUCCUCUCCGUCCCGGCUCACGCUCUUCAUUCUCGCCCCAGCUCACCUCGUCCCCUUAUCUCACACCCGGCCCUCCUGCUUCACCCCCUUUCCUCCUGCCUGGAACUCCCUCCCCGCCUUCGAAUCUACCUGCCUUUAGUACUCUCCAUUUUCCAAAACCUUCUGAGAUCCUACCUCCAAAUGACACCCUCCACUCAUCUCAGCACUUACCACGUCGACACUUUUUUGCACACGCUCUUUCCGUUGCACUCUCGUACCUGAUAUUUUACGUCCUGUUCUAUUUAUGCAUGUCUUCAUCCUCCCUGUAAUUUAUUGUUUGUCUCCCAAUCCCCAGUAGCUUUUUUAGGCUCCUUGGAUUCAGGGAUUGUAUCUCUUCCAUCUAUUAUACUCUCUCAAGUACUGCACACAUAGCUCUUCACGAAAUAUUGAUUUUAAUUAGUAGACUCAGGGUUUUACGAGGGUUUUAUAGAACAGGCAACUUUUAAGAACUGUUGGGAAAUUCUAGGCCGUACAGUUUGGUGUUCGAAAUGCUUGAUCAAACCGGUAACUGCAGAGUUCCUUAUUUAUGUGAUGUUUUGCUUUUUGUAUCAGCUGCCUAGCUGAAGUUGGGAGUGGGAAGUGGUGUUCGGUGUAUUUAAAGUGUUUCUAGUACUACGGGCAUAAAUGUAUUUAAUUUAAUUUAUUUGAAAAAUAGAUCAUGCUUGAAAUAUUGGUUUAUUUUUAUAUUAUUUAAAAAGUGCUGUGUUGCAAAUGUAUUUUUUAAAUUAAAGUUUGAGUCUGA